GCCGCAAAAGGCUUCUGCACCGCCUCAAUGGUGUUUUCCCUGCACUAGCAGGACUGACGUCCGCUCUGACGCGGGGGAACUAGUUACCAGCCUUCUGUCCAGCGACCAUGUACAUCAAGGUCUACAUAAUUCGCGCAAAGCUCUCCACUGAAGAGAUCCUGGACCUGAUGUCCCUCGUCGAUCAAUACAACGAGCAUCGGUACCAAGCCCAACCGGAGUUGGUUCUCUGUCCCCAUCCCGAAGAAGCUGAUGUGGUUAUCACCAAUGUGCAUAUGCGACAGCGACUGGAACGACAUCUGGAAUGGGUCUUGGCUAGCGAGAAAGCCGUCGUGAAACCUGCCUGGCUACGCGAUUGCGCUGCGGAGAGAACUGCCCGACCCUGUGGAUCCUACUUCGCGCUAAAAGAUCUGCGAGGAAGCACUGAGCGGCACUGCCCGCUUGCACCCAGCGAAGGCGAAUUUCUGAGCAUCUCGCCGAGAAGUGAGCCAGUGGAGCGCGUGAAUUAUUCCAGCCGAUAUGCCUGCUUGAGAUAUUGCCCGCUCGAGUGCCCCAACCAAAGAUUGGCGCAGCAGCUGGGGGUGAUACAACGCUCCCGGGAGUUGGAUAGCAACGAGACCAGCGCUCUGAGUUAUGAACGUGCUAUCUCAGUCAUCAAAGCAUUUCCGGAUCCAAUCACAAGCGCUCGGCUCGACGAAGUUUCCAAGUUGCCUUGGAUAGGUGGGAAGAUGUUAUCGAAGAUCAAGGAGUAUAUAGUCGAAGGGGACAUCAGCGAGAGCCAAGCCAUCGCAGAAUCGGAGCAGUUUCGGACUUUGUCCCUUUUCACGCAAGUGUACGGCAUUGGCCCACCCACAGCUCGGAGGCUCUACAAUGAGCACAACCUGCGGACGAUCGCCGACCUCGACACCCAUUUCUCUGAUGAUCGCGCCGAAAGCCCUUCCUCUCCCUCCACUGCUCCUGUUCUGACAGCCAAGAGGGCCUUGAGUUUGCGGGAAGACUUGAACGAAAAGAUACCAAGAGAAGAAGUGGAGCAGUUUCACUCCAUCGUGGUCGAAGAACUGCAGCGUCUGCUUCCGGGGUGCUCAAGCACUAUCGUGGGCGGGUAUAGAAGGGGAAAACCACAGAGCACCGACAUCGACAUCGUUGUCACGCAUCCCCGCAUAGGUUCAUCCCGAACACACGGACUCGGUGAUGCGAUAGUGAAGCUUCUGUAUGAACGAGGGAUCGUCACCCACGUCUUGCAUGUUUCCAGCUUCCACGCACCCGAUGCCCUGCGAACAUCCCAGUGGGAUGAUCUGGAGAAAGUCAUGACUUUACUGGACCGCAGUCGCCGGCUGGCCAGUUUCAUCUCUGUGUUCCCAGCUCGCACUGACCUCUUGCUCACACAUAGGACCGGCUCAAAGAUGUUCGAAAGAGACCUUCGUCUCUGGGCGAAAGAACGGCAAGCGAUUCGAACCGUCGGUUUCAAGUUCGACAGUUCUGGCAUUUUUCGGAGGAGAGACAGCAAGCAAUACAAGCCGAACAGCGAACGCGAAAUCUUUGAUAUCCUCGGACUCGAAUAUAUUGGUCCAACGCUGCGCAAUGCUGAUGUUUAGUGGUAGCAAGUAGUACACAAUCAGUUCGAGAAGGCCUGGAUUCCUGUCAUCGCUCUUCCGAGAAUGAGACCGUGGAUAUCCUAAGGCAAUGUUAGAGCGAUGACGUCUACAUCGACAACCAAAACUCACGUGUGUACCUGGGACAACGUUGAACAAAAAAAAAAGCAGAUUGUGCAAAGAA